AAAAUUUUGCAGCAUUCUUUCAGGUGAAUAAUUCAACUGUCACAAAAUAACUGUAAUGGAGGACAAGUGCGCCAUUGCUGUUACGCCAUACUUUCUGUAGAAUCACGCAUGCCCAGAUUUCUGUAUUUCCAUUUCACAUGCAAUGUCCUAAGGAUCCUUUACAAUCGUAUUGUUCAAUUGGUUUUUCUUAUUUUCGUUUUGUGCAAAGUGUUAUUCACGUCCGAUGCUGCUCGUUAAUGAUGUUUAUGAAGUAUUUCCAUCCUUAGUACACCAGCUGUUUGAUAAAAUUACUGAAUGAUGUCGUUGCUUAUUUAUGUUUUCGGGAGUGCCAGAGAAUCCAGUUCGUCGAGAGUGACACUUUAUGCUAUAAUAUGAUUGUAUUAAAGAUAAAAGGAGAAUGCAACGGUUAGCUAGUAGAGUCUCAAGGAGGGCGUUAUUUCGAGCAGUGGAUUCUAUAAAUGGCAAUGAAUCGAAUUGUUUGCUUGGAAAUAAAUCAUACAGUACGGCUUUUUUACCGAAGAAUAUCCAAACGCUGAAAAAGCCUGCAAUUCCUGGGGAUUUCUUGAAAUGGAGUGCGCUUGGAUUUUAUCGGACAUCCAAAUUUGCUAGUGGGUUCACUCCUCUGCAACCAAAGCCAUUGGACUCGAUCAUAGAUAUCGAGAGGGCGAAGGGCAAAAGUCCAGAGUUACUUGCAGAAAUUUGGGAUGAUUACCAUUUGGGGAGAGGUCACAUUGGGGUAUCGAUGAAUGCCAAACUUUACCAUCUACUGCAACAAAGAGCUGAAAAUUGCCGAUAUUUCGUGAUUCCGCUGUGGAAGGGAAGUGGUUACACAACAAUGUUCGUUCAAGUCCAAAUGCCGCACAUGCUGUUUACUGGUCUAGAAGACUAUAAAGCGAGAGGAACUCAGGCGGCCCCAUACUUCACCGUCUCAUACUACACAGAAUUCUCAGAAACAAAGGAACUGGUCCUUGUCCGUGGUGAUGUUGUGCUUACUAGCAAGCUGAGUGACGAUGAGGCCAAAUGGCUUCUAGAGACUGCACAAUCUUUUUACUUGAAUGAUGUUCGGUACAAGUUAGUCGAGCGUUUCAACAAAGAAACACGUGAAUUUGAGUUCAAGGAUGUUCUGCAAGCACUGGAGAUGCCCAUUUUGUGACAGGAUGAGGAGCACAUAAGAAACCUGUUGCAAAAAGGCGCAUUGGAGUGUAUUCUUUCCAACGAAAAUGUGUUUUUGAUAAUUGUAAUUGGAUUGUAAUAUCAAGUAGAGCCAAUAAUCCAAAUCAAGUCAAUCAAUGGCUUGGGUAACAUUCUCUUAUAAUCCAAAAAGGAGGAAAUCAAACUCCAACUUAGUAGGAAAUUCUGCAUAAUGCCCGAAAGUUAUUUAUCUUUUUUUGAUAUUGUCACUAUCUUAGACAAAAUUUAAGGGUAGUA